AUGUUACAAGCAAAUCUUUCCAGAGUGACUGACUUCAUUCUUGCUGGGUUAACAGAUAAAUCAGAGCUCCAGCUGCCCCUCUUCCUCCUCUUUCUAGGAAUCUAUGUGGUCACAGUGGUGGGAAAUCUGGGCAGGAUCACCCUCAUACAAUUCAGUUCUCACUUGCACACUCCCAUGUACUUUUUCCUCUGCAGUCUGUCCUUAAUUGACCUGUGUUAUUCCACUGUUAUUACCCCCAAAAUGCUAGUGAACUUUGUAACAGUGAAGAACAUCAUCUCCUACCCUGAAUGCAUGGCUCAAUUCUACUCCUUCCUUGUGUUUGGUAUUGCAGAGUGUCACAUGUUGGCUGCAAUGGCAUAUGACCGCUAUGUUGCCAUCUGUAACCCACUGCUUUACAAUGUUACAAUGUCCUAUCAAGUCUGUUCUUGGAUGAUAUUUGGGGUCUAUAGUAUGGGUUUUAUUGGUGCCACAACUCACACAGUCUGCAUGCUAAGAGUACAUUUCUGUGAAGCUGAUGUAAUAAACCAUUACUUCUGUGAUCUUUAUCCACUCUUGGAGCUCUCCUGUUCUGACACUUUUAUUAAUGAAGUAGUUGCUCUGUGUUUCAGUGUUUUUAACAUCUUUGUCCCAACUCUGAUUAUCCUGACCUCUUACAUCUUCAUCAUUGUUAGCAUUCUUCGUAUUAAAUCAACUGAAGGCAGGUCCAAAGCCUUCAACACCUGCAGCUCACACAUAUCAGCUGUCGCUGUCUUCUUUGGUUCCCUUGCAUUCAUGUACCUGCAGCCAUCAUCAGUCAGCUCCAUGGACCAAGGGAAAGUGUCCUCUGUCUUUUAUACGAUUAUUGUUCCCAUGAUGAACCCUGUGAUCUACAGCCUGAGAAAUAAAGAUGUCAAACUUGCUCUAAAGAAGUUGUAUGAAAAGAAAUUCUCAUGA